AUGUCGGAAAGCGUUGAAGUCUGGCCACCAGUUGACUUGAUCAAUGGACUGGCGAUUGAAGCCCCCACGCCAGAGAAAGAGCUCGACGCCAACGUAUUCAAAGAGCUACCAAAAGGCACCGAAGUCGUCUCGAUCAAUCCCUCUGGCACGAGUGCGUGGGUGCAGACCGUGUGCAUCGAAACCUCUCAAAAAGAUGGACGGAUUCUGAAAUUCUUCAAAAAGGUACGACGAGACCAAACCCGGCUGAUUCUAUAUCGUGCUGUGGGAUACCUCGUUAACGGGACACAGAAUCAACGUGGCCCCUUGGGCAGGCGCAUGAUGGUCGGGACCUACGAGUCUGAACAGGCCAUCCACACCUAUCUUCCCGCCAACGUCCCCAAACCCAUCGCCUGGGGAGCAUAUCGGGACGAUCCAGACAUGUACUACUACCUCGCCGAGUUCCGGGACAUGGUGGCCGACAAAGUCCCAGACCCCAUACGGGUUGUCGAUGCGGUCGUCCAGCUGCACCGCCAAAGCUCGGGCAAAUCGCCAAACGGCAAAUUCGGGUUUCACGUCGUCACCCAUCUGGCCAACAUCCCGAACAAGGCCGGAUGGGAAGAUACGUGGGAGAGACACUUCACCAACGCGCUGACGGCCAUGAUGGAGAUCGAGUCGCGGGCGCAGAACAACCACGACGGCGACUUUGAAGACCUCAAGAGAAAGACGCUGGAAUUGGUCGUUCCGCGACUCCUUCGACCGCUUGAAACAGGUGGUCGUAAGGUCACGCCGUGCUUGAUCCACACCGAUCUCUGGCCUGGGAACUGUAUGCCGGAUGCAGAUACGGACCAAGUUGUUCUGUUUGAUUCCUGUGCGAUGUGGGGUCACCAUGAAGCAGAUUUAGGCAGUUGGAGGGCACCACGCUACCGCAUGGGCAGGCCUUUUAUAAAAGAGUACCAAAAGAAGAUGGGCAUGGACUUUCCCGUCAACGACUGGGAUGAUAGGAAUCUAUUGUACGCCAUGUGA